UCAAUCAGAGUAAAUCAAUCACAAGCAGAAUUGCUCGCUCACUUUCAGCAAGUGGUGGCGGAAAUUUUUUGUUUUGGGCGAACACACCACCCUCUGCUUAAACACUUCGAUUUGUACUACGGCCCCUGUGCUGAGGAGACCACGGCCCAAUGGGCAUUACUGGCCAUGGAAUCCAAGCUCGGUACGGUGCUGGGGUUUAUUUGUCCCCAAGAGAGAGGGAAGGGGGUAAAUAAACGUGACCAGUGACAAGUGGUGUCUCAUUGCCGGGUAAACUCUCAACAAAGCUGCCCGUCACACAGCCGACCAUCACACACUACUUGAAUGCCCGUGCCCCAGUGACGGCUACGUACGCUAAAGCUGAAGUUUUUACCGCCCGCAUUAACUCUAGUUGACCGCGCCACGUAGGCCCGGUGACAAGAGGUUUUUACCUCGUCGUCUCUAUCGCAGGAAAUCUUUCUUUUGCCCUUAUAGCGGUGAAGGGUCGUCACGCGCCAAAUGCCUCAUUUGUUUUCGCGGCGGGCAUGGUGAUGAUCCAGAUCGACCAGGCGACGCAGCCACGGCGCACUCCAUCUCUCCCCGGCAUUGGCAUCGAUUCGAGCAAGGUUCUCUGUAGCGAUGGAUUUCUCUUUGGCCUUUCUUUCUAGAGAGUCGGUAGAUAGCGUCGCAUCGCAUUGCAGCUCUUGCCGGGGAGAAUUCGCUGAGGCUGCUGCUGCUGCUGCUGCUUGUCGAUUCGAUUCUUUGUCUGUGAGAGGGGUGAAAAUUUGGCUUGUUUGUUAGGGAAGGGGUGCGUGUGUUUAGUUUCGGUUCGUUGUCAAGCUGUUAGAGAUUUUUGGCUGCUACGCUUGCAUGUUUUUCCGUGAUCCUUGAUUGCGUGGUCGGUCGCUCUCGAGAGUUUUCGCUAUCCCUUCAUCAUAGUGAAUGAGCUCUGCCGCACCUGGAACUUCUUGUUUUGGGUCAAUUUCUACACCUUUCCUUUUCUCGCUCAGAGUUUUUUGUCUUCCAUCGUCUUUAGUCUCCUUUGCUCCCCUCCUUGACGUCGUUUUUAGUUCGUUUGUUCGUUCGUUGCUUCGCCUGCGAGCAGGGGAAGGACCACUUUGAUUCUUCUUAAUUGCACAAACAUCAUCCUGCCUGGGUUUGUUUUUUGUGCUGGUCGCGAAUCAGCGGCAGCAUGCCGACGAUUGAUUCUCUCCGCAGGGUUGAGUGAGAGCUGAGCUGCGCCUAGCUUUUUCUUCCAACUUAUAAGUAAUCAGGAUAGCUCUCACUUCACACGAACAGAGCUUGUGCUUGACAUUAUGGAAGCGAGAGCUGUCUUUCUUGUCUUGUUUGAUUCGAGCUGAGAGCUUAUCAUUCUUUCUCCUUGAGUGUUUUUCUUUAUCUUUUUGCUUGUUUGUUUGUGUGUGUUCUUCCAGCCGCGUAGAACUCGCGAGCUCUGAGCGCUACUGCCACUGCUACGGUUGCUCCUAAGUCAUUUCAGUGCAUCUCUGUUGCCUGGCCAGAAACGCAAAUCAUAUCCGCUAAGGGAGUUGUAGCUAGCUGUCACUACACUUCUCUAUAUUAAUUCUGGCUCUCUCUCUCUGGCUUAGCUCCUCUGGCCCUGCCACUGGCUGGCUGGAUGGUUUCUCGCUGGGAGGCAGUUUCAUCAGCUCAUAUCUUUUUCUACAACGAUGGCGACGAUCGAGUUCACGAGCAAGCGCAGCACCAGUCGCAGCAGCAGCAGCAUAUUGCCUUGGUGAUCUCCGGCGAGCACAGUUUUUGAGAGCUGCUGCUGCUGCCAUUCCUUCCAGCUGAGAAGCUCGAUCGAGCUGAGUCGAAGAUGGAGCUGCUGACUUACAUGGGAUCGCUGCUGGGACUCUUGGCAUUCCUCCAGGGGGUGAUGCCUCCGGAAUUCAGAUACAUGCUCAGCAAGUGUGGCCGCUUUCUCUUCGAGUACCUCUCCUUCUACAACUACUUCGACAUAUACGAGUUCGACGGCAUGAACUCGAACGAGCUCUACAGCUGCGUCCAGUUGCACCUCAGCUCCUCCGCCUCCACCGCAGCUCAGCGCGCGACGCUCUCCCGUCCCAAAAACUCCAACAAGAUCACCUUCGGGCUGGCCAGGAGCGAGAGCGUCACGGAAACGUUCCGCGGCGCUCAGGUGAUGUGGCAGCACAUUAUCACGGAGCGCCCCGCGCAGUUUAGCCUCUGGGAGCGCAGCCCCGACGAGCGCAGAUACUACUCUCUCAAGAUCAAGAAGCAGGACCGGGAGCGAGUGCUGUCAGCUUAUCUCGAGCACAUCAUCGAGCACGCCAAGGAGCUCCAGCACGGAAACCGGGACAAGCUGCUCUACACCAACGCCAAGAACUCGUACAACUUCCACCGCCAGCCGUGGGAGAGCGUGCCUUUCAAGCACCCCUCGACGUUCUCGACGCUGGCCAUGGACCCCGUGAAGAAGCAGGAGAUCAUGGAGGACCUAACCGAGUUCAUGAAGGGCGAGCACUUCUACCAGCGCGUUGGUCGAGCCUGGAAGCGGGGAUAUCUUCUCUACGGGCCGCCGGGGACGGGCAAGUCGAGCAUGAUCGCGGCCAUUGCAAACUUCACGGGAUACGACGUCUACGACAUGGAGCUGACCGAGGUGGCGAGCAACGCCGACUUGCGGAAGCUGCUCAUCAAGACGACCAACAGGUCAAUUAUCGUGAUCGAGGACAUCGACUGCUCCCUCAACUUGUCCGAUCGCAAGAAGCUCAAGGAGAAGAAGAUUGGAGAGCCGCCGCCGUCGCUCAUGCCCGCCAAGAUGGACGACGAGCCCAGCCGGGUUACUCUCUCCGGACUGCUCAACUUCACGGAUGGCCUGUGGUCUUGCUGCGGGAGCGAGCGAAUCAUUAUCUUCACGACCAACCACAUUGACAAGCUGGAUCCGGCUCUCCUCCGUUCGGGUCGGAUGGACAUGCACAUCUUCAUGUCCCACUGCACUUUCCCGGCGCUCAAGAUCUUGGCGACCAACUAUCUUGGAAUUCGUGAUCACGAGCUCUACGAUGAUCUGGAGCUGGUGCUCGAGGAGUCCAAGGUGACGCCGGCGGAGGUGAGCGAGAUCCUGAUCAAGAAGAAGAAGUUCCCGACCGAUGCUUUGGAGAGUUUGCUGGAGACUCUGCGAGCUGCGAGGGACGAGAAGCGGAAGGAGAUGACUCUAGAUGAAGCGCUUGACGAGCAGCAGCAGCAGCAAAACCAUGUGGCAAUGGAUUUCAAGGAUGGUUUCAAGGCGCCGGCUGACAAGAUCGAGCAACAAUGCAACAACGCUGCUUUUCAACCGGACAAAAGCUCUCCUCCUUGCGUCGCCAUUAGUUAAAAGUUCCAACUCCACAGGAACUGGAUUUUUCUUCUCGAAGAACACGAGAAUCCAUCUCCAUCGUUGCGCAUGAACGGCCCAGAUGUAUCCACAUGUUUUUGAAGAGUUUAAAAAAGUUACGGUCAAGAUUUGUCCUCAA